GAUUGUGUUUUAUUAAGGAAUAGAAAUCGUUUAGUCAUAUGCAAUUUGUGUACAUGGAUUAUUUCGUAAGAUUGAAAAACAACAUUUACACAGACCAAAAGCUCGUUUUUAAAUAGAAAGUUAAUUCCUUCGGCCAACUGACAAAGGCAUGUACUCUCUGUAAAGAAGUGUUACCUGCCGAUUGGUAACUAUUGGUUCGCUCAAAUAUUUAUCCACCAUGUCAUGUUUAACUAUUGACUAUGGCUAUUCAUAAAUUAGCUGAAGCCAGUUUUAAGUAGCAUGUUCGUAAAUAUUUAUUAUCAUGGAAUAAAUGUUUGAUUAAACAAAUCGUACAGAAACGAGGCGAAAAUUGGCAGUGAAAAAUAAAACAUUACUCCAAGCAUUAAAAAUCGAAAAUAUAACAUACAAAAGAAUGAAUUGUUAAUACCGGAUCUGAAUGUAAUUUGGUAAAUACAGUCGACGAUAUCAAGUGAACAAUUAAAGCAUACGACAGGGAUUACAAUAAAACAUGUAACACUCGGUGAAAUUUUAAUUGAAAUUGUAGAAACUGAUCGAUAAACAGGAACGCAGACAUGUUUUUCUUUCUAAUGGAAUUUGUGAUGUAUUCUGGAUACGGAUAGAAAGAUGCGGUGGUGAAAGUGUGAAUUAGUGAAACAGUGGCAGCCAUGUUGGAUUAAAAGUUCAACUAGGGUUCACACCAAGGUCAAGGUCACACAAAGUUCAAGGUCAUGGGUUGCUCCAGCUCGACACAGGCAGACCUGCAUCCCAGCAUUUACACAUUUCAGAAAAAGCAGGGUCACCACCACGAGACAAUACUCAAGCCUAAGCUGGCUAAUGGGGAGGCGGCCCCGCGACCGGAGAAGCGUGUACUUCCGGCGAGCCAUCUCCAAGGCGACUAUAGCCAGUUCCUUGUUGCCAAGCACGCACGUGAGAAGCAGCUCAAGGAUCGGCAGAUCAAGCUCUUCAUGGCAGCAGAUGCGAUGUCUGGCCGGAUGUUGGAAGAGCGGGAGAUGUUUUCGCUAGGCACGCGCUCACGUGCAACAUCACGAGAUACAUCACGCGCUACCUCCCCAACCCCCACCAAUAGACGGUCGGUUCAGUUCAAGGACGAAAUACAUGCGCCGCCGAUGACCCCGGUGGCAGAGGUCAAAAGUCAAGGGUCAUUCCGCAGGGAUGACAGUUCAGAGAGAUUGGAACCCAGAGAACCAUCAAAACGCAAGCACAAAUCAAAGAAAUCAAAUACUAAAAAACACAGGAAAGGUAAAAAGUCGAAAAAAUCAAAACAUACAAAAAGCGAAAAAGACGCUAUUGAAAGUGAUAGUGAAGAUGACAAUGGCGAUUCUGGACUGGAAAACGACGAAGCAGAAACUGCUGAAACAAAUCAUGUAGAUGCUAAUGAGAAUGAAGUCAUAGAUACAGUUGUGGGUGUAAAUAGUGGUUUGGAAGAGACGGAAGAGGUUGAACAAGUGACUAGUAAGAGAAGUAGUCGUGGAAAAGGUGCUGCACAUAAACACAAACCUACUAAGAAAGGUAAAGGUUCUAGCAAGCAUAAUACUCAUCACAAAGACCUGAAACCAAAGGGCGUGGAUAACAGUAUUCAUUCCUCAUCUAAAGAUUCCGGCAUUCAUGUAGUAGACGGUGCUAGUGGUCUACCCAAUGCAGAAGAAGUGAAAACCACCGAAGAUAUUGGACAGGAAGAAAGAUCCGAUUCAAGAAUUUGAUAUUCAAAACAUAGGUGAAAUCGUGUUUAAUUUUCUUACUAUAGUAUAUGUGAACUAUGAUAAGAGUGUGUUAACUUGGAGUUUUAAGAAAAAUGUUCGUUCCUGAAAAUCAAAAGAGGAGAAGUAAUGAAAUACAUGUACAUCACCAUUGCAUGUCAAAACAUUUAGAAGUGGAAUUUAUCUUUAUCAAACCAUCAUGUAUUAUUGUGAUAGUAUGUACAGGCUUGCAUUUACUAAAUCAUACCGAAAUUGCAUUAUACAUGCAUGCUUUAUUAUAUUAUCAUAUGAAGAGUGUAGGUGAUUGCAGUUAAACUUAUUUGGAAUAGCUAAUGGUUGUCACAAUUACUGUGAUAAUAAUGUAUUCUGACGUCGCAGGUUCGACAUUUUGUGAUCUAAUUUUCGUACUUUUUGACAAUUGAAAGUAAUUUUUACUAGUUGUGUUUUUCCGAUAGGAAGAAUUUAAUGUAUGCGCAUGGAAAUGUAUGCGCAUGGAAUUAGAAGGAUCUGAAACUGCCAAGAACUUAAAUGUGGUAUAAACUGCAGCUGUCUCAUAAUUAUGAAUUAGUACUUCCGUGUUGCAGUAUUCAAAUGUGAUUGCAAUUGAUAGUCUAUAAUGGUUAAAGGUUAUUUUAAACCUUAUCAGUCACCAUACAGCAGAACUAGUGUAAUUGUUUGACUUCACAAGUUCAUUUUGGCAGUAUUUCUGUCGCCUUUCAAUGCCAACCACUAAGGAUAUAUACGAGCUUUAUUUAAACAUGAAACAAACUUAAAAGGAAUUUCGAAAAUGUACAGGUGUUGAAACUAGUCGAUAUUGACUUUGUGCUUUUUGUUUUGAUAUGUUUCAUAACAAACUGAAUGGGUGCAUUGUUUUUCUACCUCUACUGUAUUUACAGCUUUAACAGAUUCUUUGGUAGAAUUGUUAUCAUUGUAAGCAUAAGGUAGAUGUAUACGUCAGAUAUUAAAUCACAACUCGGGUAUUUUACAAAAUAAACGAUUUUCGUUAUAUAAUAUAGUAUCUGUUUAAUAUAUUGUUUCCAGAAUUGGACGUAUGAGAACGAAUUUGAAAUUUUGCAUGUAACCAUUAACUAUUUCAUAUGAUUACUGUCUCAUUCAAUGUCAUAGAUUAUGCAAUCAUCUACAAAAUAUAUUAUCAUUAUAAAUUAUUACGAUGCAUUUAUUAUAUAAUAUUCAUUGUUUGCCGUUCCCGCAUUGACUUUCCUGACUGUGAUAUUAUUUUGUUAUUUCUAAUGAUUUUCCAAAAAAAAAAUGUUAUAUGCUCAA